AUGGCCUCUUCCGGGAAAAUAACAAUUUCAAUCGAUAGAGGUGGCACGUUCACAGAUGUUCACGCCAUCGUGCCCGGCCGAUCAGACAUCAUCUUGAAGCUCCUCUCAGUAGACCCCUCACAUUAUCAAGAUGCGCCAACUGAGGGCAUUCGCCAAAUUCUCGAGCUCACCACAGGAAAGCCACACCCCCGUGGUCAACCCUUGAAUCUGGAAGGUAUCGGCUGCCUUCGAAUGGGCACUACCGUUGCGACCAACGCUCUGUUGGAACGCACGGGCGCGAGGUCUGCCUUGUUUACGACCAAAGGAUUCCGAGAUCUGCUCAAAAUUGGCGACCAAUCUCGUCCUGCUAUCUUUGAUCUGACUAUGGCGCGACCUGGAGUCCUACCAGAGAGCGUUGUCGAAGUCAAUGAGCGCGUGAUCCCUUGUCACCCAAAUGCAAGCGCCGACUGCUUUCCUGGUGCUCGAAUCGUUGAAGGUAUCACCGGGGAGAAGUUCCGAGUGGUACAGGAAUUAGACCUAGAGCACGUGCGAUCUGAGCUCCAGCGACUCAAGGAGCAAGGAUAUCAGUCGCUAUCGGUGGCGCUUCUGCAUUCAUUUGCCUACCCAGACCACGAACGCCAGAUUGGUGAAAUUGCUGAGCAGAUGGGCUUCUCCGUGACAUUGUCAUCCAAGUUACAGCCUAUGAUAAGAGUAGUGCCUCGAGGCAUGUCUGCUGCGGCCGAUGCGUACCUCACUCCCGUUAUCAAGACCUACAUCGACUCCAUCUCUUCAAGCUUCGAAGGUGGCUUAGAAAGCCAAGAGGAUUGUCAAUUUGAGUUUAUGCAGUCUGAUGGAGGCUUGGUAGACUUCCGAAAUUUUAGUGGCCUGAAGGCCAUUCUGUCAGGCCCCGCAGCUGGAGUGGUAGGAUUUGCCGCGACAAGCUGGGACCCUGUCGAAAAGACCCCAGUGAUCGGGUUCGACAUGGGUGGCACUUCCACCGAUGUAUCUCGAUUUGAUGGUCGCUUGGAGCAUGUUUUUGGAUCUAAGGUGGCCGGUGUUCUGAUCCAAUCUCCCCAGCUUGACAUCAACACAGUGGCUGCUGGUGGUGGCUCUAUCCUUUCCUGGCGUAAUGGCCUUUUCUAUGUUGGCCCCGAAUCGGCCAGUGCACACCCUGGCCCAGCCUGCUACCGAAAAGGUGGACCUUUGACCGUGACUGACGCCAAUCUGUUCUUGGGUCGCUUGCUUCCCGAGUACUUUCCUCACAUCUUCGGGCCCAAUGAAGACCAACCCUUGGACACCGAGAUUACAGCACAGAAGUUCCACGAACUCACAGAGAAGGUCAAUGUUGAGCGGCGCCAGCUCUCUCAGCCAGAAUUUACCCCAGAGGAGAUUGCUCUUGGGUUUUUGAAUGUGGCCGAUGAGUCGAUGGCUCGUCCGAUUCGUAAUCUCACUCAAGCUCGUGGCUUUGAAACUGCUUCGCACCACCUCGCUUGCUUUGGAGGAGCCGGUGGCCAGCAUGCCUGCUCAGUUGCUGCUUCGCUGGGCAUAUCCCGCAUUAUUAUUCACAAGUAUUCUUCAGUGCUUUCGGCAUAUGGCUUGGCCCUUGCUGAAGUAGUCAAGGAAUCACAGGAGCCAGUGUCCUCUGACUACAUUUCAGCACAAUCGACACUCCUUGAUCGUCUUGACAGCAUAUCAUCUGCUUCGACGGAGGAAAUGCAAGCCCAAGGAUUUUCCGCCAGUCAAGUGCGACACGAACAGUACCUUAACAUGCGAUACGAAGGUUCUGAUACCAGUCUGAUGAUUCUGCGACCAGAAGACUCGACAGACUUCCUAGGCCAAUUCAGGCAACGCCACCGUCGCGAAUUUAACUUCAACUCCGAGCGACCGGUUCUUGUUGACGAUAUCCGUGUUCGCACUAUCGCCUCAGCCAAGGUUCGCACAGAGCGUAGCCCACUGUUGCAACUGAAGGAUGCUAGCAUGAAGGAUGUUUCAAUUCCCCCAGCCUGCACCACUGCGGCCUACUUUGACGGCAACUCGACGCGGAUUAAUACACCGGUGUAUUUGCUUGACCAAUUAGAGAAACACAGUCGCAUCACUGGUCCUGCGGUCAUUAUUGACCAGACACAAACAAUUGUCGUUGCUCCCAACGCUGUUGCGAAUCUCUUGGAAACUUGCAUUGUCAUUGACUUGCAAGACAAGGAAACUUCUCAGCCGGAACAGGCUGCAUCGGAAAUCGACCCCAUCCGUCUCACCAUUUUUGGACAUCGGUUCAUGUCCAUCGCUGAACAAAUGGGUCGGACGCUGCAGAAGACCUCGGUAUCCACCAACAUUAAAGAACGAUUGGAUUUCUCAUGCGCCUUGUUUUCUCCCGACGGAGGACUUGUUGCCAAUGCCCCUCACGUUCCUGUACACCUAGGAUCAAUGCAAUUUGCCGUGCGCUACCAGCAUGAGAAGUGGCUGGGCAAUUUGAAAGAUGGCGAUGUGCUUGUAGCUAAUCACCCCAGCUGCGGCGGGACUCACCUCCCGGACAUUACUGUCAUUACACCGGUAUUUGAUCGCCCAGGCGGCACCGAAAUAAUGUUUUAUGUCGCCUCCCGCGGGCAUCAUGCCGAUAUUGGCGGUAUUCUACCUGGGUCGAUGCCACCGAAGUCUACUGAGCUUUGGCAGGAGGGUGCCGCCAUCGAAGGCGACAAAAUCGUCAGCAACGGCGUUCUGGAUGAGGCACGUCUCAUUGAACUGCUAGUUACGGGGCCCUCACAUUACCCCGGUUGUUCCGGUGCACGAUGCAUCAGUGACAAUCUUUCCGACCUCAAGGCUCAGAUUGCAGCGAACAACCGUGGAAUAACAUUGAUUCAGGGUCUCUUUGCCGAAUAUGGAGUGGAAACCGUGCAGAAGUACAUGUAUGCUAUUCAGGCAACGGCUGAGACGGCCGUGCGGAAUCUGCUCAAGGAAUUGUAUCAGAAGUUCGGCGGACAGCCGCUAGAAGCAGUGGAUUACAUGGAUGAUGGCACCCCAAUCAGACUCAAGGUUACCAUCAAUGGAUCCGAUGGAUCUGCCGUGUUUGACUUUGCAGGAACCGGUGCCCAGGUUGACGGCAACUGGAACGCACCCAUUUCCAUCACACACUCGGCCAUCAUCUAUUGUCUGCGAUGCAUGAUCAAUGCGGAAAUUCCGCUGAAUCAAGGAUGCUUGGCGCCAAUUGACAUCCAAGUGCCGUCGCCCAGCCUUUUGUCGCCCGGCAAGACCGCAGCUGUCGUAGGCGGCAACGUGCUCACGUCUCAACGGAUUACAGACGUUGUCUUCAAAGCCUUCUCAGCCUGUGCGGCGUCCCAAGGCUGUUGCAAUAACCUGACCUUCGGAAGCGAUGCCAAGCUCGACGACAAUGGUGCAGUGAUCACUCCCGGAUUCGGAUACUAUGAAACGAUUGCCGGUGGCAGUGGAGCUGGACCGACUUGGAAAGGCGAAUCGGGCGUUCAAGUUCACAUGACCAACACGCGAAUUACUGAUCCAGAAAUUCUGGAGAAACGGUAUCCAACUAUGCUUCGCCAGUUCACACUACGAGAGGGGUCAGGUGGUCGGGGUAAGAAUCCCGGUGGUGAGGGCGUGGUUCGUGAUAUCGAGUUCCUUGCUCCCAUGCAGUGCUCUAUUUUGUCGGAGCGACGUGUUUACCAGCCAUAUGGGUUAGAAGGUGGCGAGGACGCCCAGUCUGGUCUCAAUCAAUGGAUUACACGGGAUGCUGAAACUGGCAAAGAACGCCAAGUUGAUAUUGGUGGCAAGAAUACAGUCGCGGUGAACACGCAUGACAGAGUGGUUAUUAUGACGGCUGGUGGUGGUGGAUGGGGUGCUGUCUAG